UUAGCAAGGCGCACGCAGCACACGGCACGUUUUAGAUCUGAAAUCUGACAUUAACGUUAUUUUUGUUCCUGUCAUUUAUUCGGUUUAUCAGAAUUAACACUGAGUCAUAAAACGGUUCCGUUCUUAUUUCCGGUUUGAAUUGUGAACUAUAUCGAACUACUGCUGUAGCUGUUUAGCUUAGUUAGCUUUAGAGCUACUUUACAGCAGGGUUCUGUUUUUAUUAUUAUUAUUAUUAUUAUUAUUAUUAUUAUUAUUAUUAUUAUUAUUAUUCCUGUCUGUUCUGGUUCUAGAUCACAGACAGUUAAGUUAUAAACAGUUCUAAGUGAGUGUUAUGGCAGAGAGAAGCUCACACAGUGUGUACGACAUCUUUAAGUCCAUGGAGUUUGGACCUUCUGCUGUGAGUCCAGCUGUUACUGCAGAGUCCUGGUUGGAGCAGCACUCUCGUUCUCUCGGCCUGUUUAUUGACGGGAAGUUUGUGCACUCGGACAACAGACAUGCGUUCACACUUUCUGAUUCGAAAGGUGAGAAUUUGUGCAGUAUUGUGUGUGCUGAUGAUGAAGAUAUUUUAAGCUGCACCUCUUCAGCUGCUGCAGGAUUUAAAGUAUGGAAGGAGCUGAGUGACAAUCACAGAGCCAAAGUCCUGCUCAGGUUAGGGAGCUCACUGCAGAGAUACAGCCAGUGUGUGUGUGAAGUGUGUGAUCUGGGUCAGACUGCUGGCUCUGCCCCAGCACUCAUCCGACUGGCUCAGUAUUACGCUGGCUGGGCUCAGCUCCGUCACACACUUCUGCCCGAAUGGAGCCCGCGAGGUGUGAUUGCAGUGAUAUCAGAUGAUGUAUUGUUUUACUCCUUGUGGCUGAAGGUCCUUCCAGCUCUUGCUGUGGGUAAUUCUGUCAUUGUGGUUCCGGGUGUAAAAAGGGCUCCUCCCUCCCUCCUAUUGGCCCAGCUAUUCAAGGAGGCAGGACUUCCUGCUGGGGUGUUGAAUGUGGUGACAGGUAACAGCUCAGUUAGAGUUAAAGUGGCUCAGAACAAAGAGAUCAACUACGUAACCUACAGUGGAAACAAACAGGAUGGAGAGCUGUUGGUGAAAGAGAUGGCUGGGUGUGGCGUCCCCGUCUCUCUCUCCUUGUCUGUCUGCUCUGUGUGUCCAUUCAUUAUCUUUGAGACCGCAGACAUGGACAGUGCUGUGGAAGGACUGAUGGAUGCAGCUUUCAAAAACUAUGCUGAGUGGAGGUGGUUGGUGUGUGUGCAGGAGUCGGUGUAUGAUGCUGUAGUAGAGAAACUGAAGUACAGAAUGGUUGGAAUGAACUGUGUUCGUGUGAGUGAUGAGUGUGAGAUGGGGAGAAUGGAUGCUGCAGUGCAUGUGGCAGAACAGCAGGGGGCGAUGUUGAUCCAGUCUUGUCCUCCACCUUGCUCUGGAUGUUUGUAUCCCCCCACAGUGGUAUGUAACGUGGCUCCCUCCUGCUCCUUGGUGGUGUCUCCUCCACCUGGCCCUAUUGUGCCCCUGCUUUCCUUCAGAAGUGCCCCAGAGGCAGUAGCUUUGGGAAACUGCAGACCUCAUGCUCGAGCUGCUUCCAUUUGGACUGAAGAUCUCACGCUGGCUUUGGAGACUGCAAAGAGUUUGUGUGUGGGUUCUGUGUGUGUGAACAGUCACUCGAUUACAGAUCCUUCACUCCCACAGUCCACAUGGAGAGAAAGUGGAAACUGCACUGACGGAGGGCGAGAGGGUCUGUAUCAGUUCCUGAGUGCGUCUGUAGCUCUGCCCCGCUCCGAACCCAUCGCUCUGGACUACAACAAUUUCGGUAGAGCAAAAUCCCAGUUUCUGGUCCCAGACGGUUCUGAUCCAUCCAGUGUCUCUCGUUCCUGCUCUCACUUCAUAGGGGGGAAGGUGUGUAAAGCUGAUUCAGGCUACAGUAGGCCAGUUCAGGCUUCAGAGGGCAUCAUUUUGGCUUACUGUCCUGAUGGUGGAAGGAAAGAUGUCCGUAACGCCGUUGAGGCUGCCCUGAAGGUCCAGCCGGGGUGGAUGAAGAAAAGUCCAGCGACUCGAGCUCUCGCCCUCUACUCCCUCGCUGACAGUCUGGAAAAAAGAAGGCAGGAAAUGUCUGUUUCAAUCCACAAACAGACCGGUCUCUCUAUGGACGAGGCAGCUCAGGAGGUGGAGCUUAGCAUCUCCAGGCUUUCUGAUUGGGCUGCACGGUGUGAUAAGCAAAAUGGGCACGUGCCACUCCUUCCUCACACUGGCUCCGCCCUCUCAGCACCAGAGGCGAUAGGAGUUGUGGGCGUGGUCCUGCCUGACACUAAGCCUCUUCUCUCAAUGGUGUCUGUUCUGGGGGCAACGGUUUCCAUGGGCAACGCCAUCAUCAUGGUGCCAAGUGAGAAAUUUCCUCUGCCAGCCCUCGAUUUCAUUCCGAUUCUCCAGGCCUCUGAUGUUCCUGCAGCUGUGGUCAGUGUCAUCAGUGGUGGAAGGGAUCAGCUGACUCAGGCUUUGGCCAAUCACAAUGAAGUCCAGGCCAUAUGGUACUGGGGCAGUGCAGAGGGCCGUCAGUUUCUGCAACACUGCUGUCCUCUGAAGCACCUGUGGCUGCACUGUGAGGAGGAGGAGGAGGUAGAAGGAAGGAAAUUCUGGACUAAGCCGAGUUUCUCAAUGCAGGAGGAGAUGUGGAGAAAGUGUGUGGUGUGGAAGAGUGUGUGGAUCCCCACUGCUUAGUCACACACACACACACGCACACACACACACACAGUCAGAGAGAAAUGAAAGGUGUGUGUUUACUGUUAAUGAUUAUGAAUGAUGAGUUAAGAAUUACAAAUAAACCAUGGUUAAAAAUAUAUUGUAGUAAACAAAUGAUUUCUGUAACAUAACACAGAGAAACAAACCUGAUUCUGCUUUUUAAAAAAUAAAAUAACAGUGAAACUUUAUUAGUCGGGGUUCGAUUCCCGCCUCCACCUUGUGUGUGUGGAGUUUGCAUGUUCUCCCCGUGCCUCGGGGGUUUCCUCCGGGUACUCCGGUUUCCUCCCCCGGUCCAAAGACAUGCAUGGUAGGUUGAUUGGCAUCUCUGGAAAAUUGUCCCUAGUGUGUGAUUGCGUGCGUGAAUGAGUGUGUGUGUGUGCCCUGCGAUGGGUUGGCACUCCGUCCAGGGUGUAUCCUGCCUUGAUGCCCGAUGACGCCUGAGAUAGGCACAGGCUCCCCGUGACCCGAGGUAGUUCGGAUAAGCGGUAGAAGAUGAAUGAAUGAAUGAAACUUUAUUAUAAACUUUAUUUUAUAAACUCUGCAUUUCGGACAUUCCAGAUUUAAAAUGUGCAGCUAAAUAAAAUCAUUUUAUUUACUCACUCAGUAGCUGAUUCUGAUUCAUGAUCACUGAUUUUCCAGAUCUUUAUAUCACCAUCUGACUUUUGUCAUAAAUUUUGUAUGAAUUAUUUUUAAACUGCUGAAUCUGUGUGAAUGCUAAAACUCACAAAGCUAUAAAUGACUAAUUUUGCCAUUUUACUUCAUUAUUAAAUUCAUUUCCAUUAAA